CCACAGCGACCACUACCAUCUCGCCGGCCGCCGCGCGCUCGCUGCUCGAGGUGAGCAAGCCAGAGCGCAGUCGCAAGAGACUUCUCCGGAUUCCUUUAGUCCGUGAACGCGGGUACGUAUAUACGCAUUCUACAAUGGGAGCUUGCAACUCGUGCGAGGCCACGGCGGUGGCUGCGGCGCCGGGGUCAACGUCGGCAGAGGCGAGGGUGGUGCUCGCGGACGGCGCGCUGCGGCGGUUCCCUGGGGGCACGGGGGCGUCGCAGGCUGUGAAGGCCGCCGGGGCCGCGGGUGCGUGGUUCCUCUGCAGCGCGGACGGGCUGGAGCUCGGCGGGGCGGUGGCUGCGGUGGAGUCGGAGGAGGAGCUGCAGCCCGGGCAGCUCUACUUCGUGCUCCCCGCGGCGAUGCGGCGGCGGCCGCUGCAGGCGGAUGAGAUGGCCGCGCUCGCCGUCCGCGCCAGCGCCGCGCUCGUGGGCGACCACAACGGCGCGCUCGUGUUCCCGGAGGCGGCCGCCGGGGGAGGCGCUGCCACGCGCUCCGGCAAGGCGUGCCGGAGGUCGAGGAGGGGCAGCGUCCGCGGGCGGGACUUCGUGCCGGACCUCGGCGCCAUUGCCGAGUAGCCGCCGGCCGUUUGGUUCGCGCGGCGUCGGGAAAGGAAAAAUCAAGUGUAGCUACGUGUAAUCUGAUCAACCAGAGGCUUUGACUAAUGCUAAUCUAGGAGUGGAGCUCAGCUGGCAGCUGGCUGUUGUACGUAGGUACGCGGCGGAGUGUGCAUGCAGAAUACACGUAGGCACGUACGUGCAUCCCCAGGC